ACGAAUGUCUGAAAAUCUGAUGUUAUCAGCGCCAUCUUGUGUUAUUCAUCUACUAUUUUACACAUUUUGAGCAAUGAGCGAGUCCGCACGAAAUUUAGUAGCAGCAAUUUUAAGUAACGAUCAUCUAAUUAACACCCUGGCGAAUGCGUGUACGGGCCAAAAUACUGGCAACCGUACUCAACAUCGUUCUACUGAUGAAGAAAUGUAUUCGCUAUUUCACCGCGGAAGAGCGAAUGCGGUGAACUUCACAGCCCAGGACGUUCCUGCUCAUCAAGCAAACAUUACAGAAAGAAACAUGCCUUCUACCUCACAGGGACCACCCACAGCUAUCUACAAUCUUCGCCCGUUCACUCGAAAGGGCCCUAGACAUAAGAGGUUUCAGGCACUAGGCAGUUUACGUCCGGUGGCUCAGUCUUUCACCAAAGAAGUUAUUCUCCUGCCAGACCAUACAUCUACACAUGUGCCAAGGCGUGCCAAGAAAGCUUGGCUUUUUGAAAAUGGUCAUAUAAAAUCUGCCUUAGAAUUUGGCUGUGACUGGGACGCCGACAAAGUUAUGCAGACUAUAACAUCAGCCUUCCAGCCAGUUGUGGAGGGAUGCAGAUUACAAAUCUUGAUGUCGUGCCACAACAAAUUAGUGGAGCCAUCCCUGACUUCCAAACAGACUUUAGGUGGAGACCUUCUGAAAAAACUUUUUCAUCAGAAGUCCAUUUAUGUCAGGCCUGACAAGGUCAUUUUAAGUGAAGAGAAAGAAUCUUCAUGUUCUGAUGAAGACAGUAGCAACACAAACAAGAAUGAUUUCAAAGAAACAUUGGAUCCUGACAAAUGUGUCAUUGGUAGUGUGCCUGAUAUUUCCAAAGAAGUUGUUUCAGCCAUCUCCACUGUUGAAGUCCAGUGUCUCUCCAGUAAUACCCCUUCCAUCUCUGGUGGAGAUGAAGUUAUUUGGUGUAUUGACACUAAAGAUAUUUGCACCAAUGCACCACCCAUCUCAGCUGACAACCUCACCAUGUCUUCUGUUGCUGCUGCCAUUACUAUUGAUGAGACUCCUACCUUGUCUAGUGGAACAUCUGUCAUCUCUAGUGGCUACACCAACAUCUUUUCGAUUGGUCCCACUAUCAGUGGCACUGGACACACACCAUGCUUCUCUGCUAGCAACACCUCUGAGGCAUCCCAUAGUCCCACCCAAACCAAUGCACCCAGCACAACCUACAGUACAUACCUUGACCUAUUUGAGGAAGAAUACCUCUCUGAUGACGCUGAUCUCCAGGAAGCCAUAUCAAGGUCCUUAGAGUCCAGCACAAAUGAGAGUGAUUCAAGGAUGACUUUAGAGAGAAUAAUGGAGCAGAUUGGUUCGAGAGUAAAUAAUGACAGCAUUGUACGGUUCAAUAUCAUAAGAAGAAAUGUGUGGGAUGGAACAUCCAGAGCAAUGGGCAGAUCCAAUUUUUCACCCGAGAAGAAGGUGGAUGUUAAGUUUACUGAUGACUAUGGAACAUCUGAGGUGCACCAGUACAGGUUCAGAGAUGGCUUAACGUCUCUGGGUGUCCUAGAUGCUCUCCAAAACUAUCCUGUUCAGUCAAAGUGCCUUUUUGUGAAGGCUGAAAAGGCCUUAACCGCAAAUGAUGUGGAGAAUCUCUUCCAAAUCAUUCAUUCUGAAAGAGGGAGUAAUGCAUUUCAAGCAGAGUGCCGGACCCUGGCUUUCUGGCAAGACUAUCUUCAGGAUGCUGAAAUUGAAAACAAUGUCUCUCUGGAGGAUGUUCUUGUUUUCUUCACUGGAUGUGACAGCAUUCCAGCACUGGGUUUCUCUCCAAAGCCAAGACUUGAGUUCAUUACCUGUUCCCGAUUUCCAGUGGCCAAUACUUGUGAAAAUAUUCUACGCAUACCAGUUCAUGCAGUGUACACUGCUUUCAGAUCUGACAUGGAUUUUGCAAUACGCAAUUCACCAGGAUUUGGAAGAGCGUGAGAGGUAAUAUUUUCAAGGCAUGUAGAGCUUGAGUUAUGUUAGAUUGUUUAUGCUAUUGCUGUUAUUUCACUAUG